AUGGGCACAAUGACGUACGCGCCGUUCCAACCUCCGAAGAACAAAGUAUCGUCGCCUGGGCAUCAUCCCGAUCCUCAAUCCCCAGCGGGGACCUCGACGACUCAAGACCCGUAUUACUCAAAUGAAGACAUUGAAAUUUUGCACGAAAUUGUUUCUGUCGCCCAAGAAACGCUGGAGGAUGUCAGCGGCUCGCGACCGCUCCCUGCCGCUGCUCUGUUCAAAGCUUACGAUCAAGUGCUACCCAAGCAUGGCGUGGACCCGGACGAUGACAACCACCUUUCGCGAUUGAUAUUUCGUAUUGGGGGAGAGAAGGGCUAUGGCAGCCUGCCUGAUAAAUUCCGAGCCGUCUUGGCCGGUAUGGGAAUAUCUUUGGAGUACGGAGACAGUAGUCUAGUCUCGCCGAGAGCAUCUCAACCAUCACACUCGCCUGAUGACUCGGAUCUCCAGAAAACAGAGGAUCAGAAGUCGCCAUCAGUGUCCCCACGGUCUCAGGGUAACUUUGGAGAGAUGGUCACGGCGUGGCCCGGAGUCCCGGAUCACGGAGACGCAAGCGCGGAAAUGGAACGCAGACCGGCCGACAGAUCCCCCCCUCCCAAUUCACAUCUCAAUUCGAGACCAAAGAUGAAUUCGACGAUGAAAGCCGCUACAAGUGACCCAUCUCUACCGCAGGGAAGUCGACAGAAUGCACAAAGACGAACUGCCCAUUCCUUAGCGCAGCCUAUUGUUUCUCACCUCAUUGCACCCGCAAAAGACACCAUAGAGUUUCCAGAUGUCAACGAAGAAAUACCCGUAUUGCGAGCUGCCUUAUCGCGACCCCCGCUCCUUAGCAUCCUUGAUCGAUGGCGCACUGCGAGCAAAAAUAGGAAGAUCCAAAGAGCGUCGCCGCCACUGUUGGAUAGCGCAAUGCCGCCUCUACUUCAUGCUGAAGGAUCAGUGAAAACGGACACGAAACCUCUCAGUCGACAGUUGUCUCCCCGAACAGACCGCUUUCCUACUCGCCAAACAGAUUUUUCAGGCGAGCCGAGCCCGAAGAAGCCCGUGGCCACAAACCCGCUUUUCCAUAUCUCGACUACUCAUCAUUUAGCGACGGCUCGAGGCGAGGGAGGUGUGGGCUGUAGUGAUUACACGGCUAUGCUGAACCGUGCUGGCCGGGCCCGAGAAAUUUAUUUGGCUAGCAGGGCGUUUAAUCACUGGGCAGAAAGAACUGCGGCUAGAUUAGAGAAGGAAGCUGUGGCACGGCGACAUAUGAUUCGAUUCCGCUGCUUCCGGGGCUGGAGCAACGCUCCGAGUUCAAGGUCACCUGCAGUUGACCAUCUGAGAGCCGCCACUGCUGUGCAGAAGCUGCGUCGUGCUGUUGCUUGCCAAGAAGAACAGCUGCGAGCAGCCGCAUCAGCCAUAUAUGACUCAAAUUGCAUCCAGAAGGCCAAACCACUGCUCAACUGA